AUGUCCAGCACACCAUCCUCGGCCGACCAAUCCUGGGAGAUACUCUAUGAUCAGGCUUCUAAGCUUCCCGGCUUCGUCACCGACUUCGUCAAGUCCGCAGCACUGCCAAAUCGUGGCAUAGGUCUCGUUGCAACCAGGCAACCUCCGGCAGAUGCGCCGUUAUUGACUGUUCCCGCUGACUACGUGAUCUCACACGAAACAAUCGCUGAAUAUGCUCAGGAACACAUGGAAGAAUGUGCAGCCUUUGUUCAGGCUAUCGAAACCCUACCAAUAGAGCUACCGAUUCACCCACGGUUAAUGGUAACCCUCUUCCUCCUCUCGAUCCCACACCUCGAGAUCCCACAGGGUACGAGCAGGCCUCGGGGAGAAUUUUACCGGGCCUUCUACGACGCACUGCCGAAGAAGAUUCCCCUGCCAUCCACCUGGACAGAAACCGAGCGUGAAAUCAUUCAAGGUACCUCAAUCGCCAAUGCCACACAACCCCGUCAAUUCAGGAACAAAUUCAUCCACGGAGCACUAAGAGCCAGUGAGUUCGCUCCCUCGUGGGUCAAGAACCUCUCGCUUGAACAGUACGUGCUAGCGGACACCUGGUACACAUCUCGUUGUCUCGAUGGCAGUAUCAUGGUCCCCAUCCUUGACUUCGCAAAUCACUCCUCGAAAGCAAACGCACGUUGGGAACGUAACGAAGCCGGAGACAUGAUGCUCGUCCUACGAGAUGAUCUAGCUGAGGUAGUCAAGGAGGGUGACGAAAUCACCAUUUCAUAUGGCGAGGAGAAGGGAUCGGGAGAGUUGCUCUUCACAUACGGGUUCCUCGAAGAAGAGCUUCCGUAUUCCAAACAGAUGACCGCCCUCGCUAUUCCAGAUGGUGAUGAUGUAGCGUACGAGCUCGAGGCAAAAAUGGAGGUUUGGAAGGCGAGAGCAGUUGGCCCGCCUAGACUAACGCUGACGGUCAAUACUGAUGGGGAGCAUGUGGAAUGGGAUUGCCCAUGGUUUUACCUCUACAUCCUUGAAGAUGACGAUAACAUUGACUUCAUGUCCGGAUAUGGAUCACAUGAGCCCGGGUUGACCACCCUCCGUGCCUACAUCGACGACGAGUUCAUCAACGAACCCGCAGAUAUUGUACGCAUACUCAAAGCCCGUCGUAACAAGUGGCCAGUGUAUCAAAGCCGUGCGAAUCGCGCAGUACUACAAUGCGUUGAAAAGCAGUUGCAAGUAUUACGCGAGACGGAUGAAUUGGCAAAUAAUGUUGCUGGUAGGGAAGAGGUUUGCAGGCUGGGAUUAAAGCUGCGUGAGCAAGAGAUGCAGUUGUUGGAGAAGGUGAAAGAGCAACUCUCGCAGGAGGUUUAG